AAAAAAACAAGAAAAAAAAACCUCGAGCAACAAAGACCCAGCAAUCAAAGUCAGCACCGCACUGUCAAAUAACCCAACAUUUGAGAUAAACAUAUCGUUUGGCUGUCCAAUCAUCAUCCAUGGCAGCAGCGGCGGCAUAUGCGACGCCCUAUCCCAGCACGGCCGUCUUAGUCCCACGCCUCCCCACCGCUCGCUUCUCUGCCUUGCCUUUCCUUCCACCUCGCUUGUCUUCCACAUCUUUUCGAGCUUCUACUGCUAAGCUUUCAGAAACCCGCAGGUCUUCUCUGCUUCAUAUCAGAGCCUCAUCUUCAGAAGAGACAUCCACUUCUAUUGACACUAGUGAGCUUUUUUCAGACUUGAAGGAGAAGUGGGAUGCAGUUGAAAACAAGUCCACAGUACUUCUCUAUGGAGGUGGGGCAGUAGUUGCUGUUUGGCUUUCUUCAAUUCUAGUUGGUGCUGUCAACUCAGUCCCUUUGCUUCCAAAGAUUCUGGAGUUGGUAGGGCUAGGAUAUACAGGAUGGUUUGUCUACCGUUAUCUUCUCUUCAAGUCAAGCAGAAAAGAACUAGCUACAGAUAUUGAAGCAUUGAAGAAGAAGAUUGCUGGAACUGAAUAAGUUCAUAUGAUUUGGCGUCAAGUGUAGCUUUAUAUAUUCGUCUGCAAUCAUCAUGUUGUCUUGGUUCUCUGUAUUUCCUGUAUAAGAGGCAUUUGUAUCCUGUGAUGUAGAAUAGGUUUUGAAUCAAUUGUCAUUACUCUUGUAUUUUCUCAUUUGGUUCUUCAAGUAAGACUUGGGCGGCUUUCUGUUUA